CUCUUUUCUUCUUUUUAAAAACGAACUGUGCUCUUCUGCUGGUCCUUUGAACUUGGUUUGGUGAGGAGUGGACUUCUCCUGCAGCAGAGGACUUGGCAAAGCCACCCAGCAAAAUGAAACGACUCACGUGCUUUCUCAUCUGGCUCUUUGUUUCUGAAGCACGAGCCUUCGAAAUCCCCACCAGUAGACUUCCAGAAUUUGCAGAAUAUGGAGAUCUUGUGGAACUGGCCCCAGGCAAAUUCCAGUUUGUGCCAGAGAACCGGAGGUAUCAGAGAAGUGUUUCUGGAGAAUCUGGAGAAAUAGUGGAAGAUGUUGAUCAAGUGACUCUUUAUAGCUAUAAAGUGCAGUCCACUAUCACUUCUCGCAUGGCCAGCACCGUCAUCCAGGCCAGAGUGGUGAACAACUCCCCACAGCCUCAGAAUGCCGUGUUUGAUGUUCAGAUUCCCAAAGGAGCUUUCAUCUCCAACUUCUCGAUGACUGUAGACGGCACGACUUUCACGAGCUCCAUCAAGGAGAAGACUGUGGGCCGAGCUCUCUACUCACAGGCGAGAGCAAAAGGCAAGACUGCUGGCUUAGUGAGGGGCAGGGCUCUUGACAUGGAGAACUUCAAAACCGAGGUAAACAUCCUCCCUGGAGCAAAGGUGCAGUUUGAGCUUCAUUACCAGGAAGUGAAGUGGAGGAAGCUGGGAUCCUAUGAACACAGGCUUCACCUGCAGCCAGGACGGCUGGCCAAACACUUGGAGGUAGACGUGUGGAUUAUUGAGCCUCAAGGAAUGAGGUUUCUUCAUGUUCCUGACACAUUUGAUGGCCAUUUCGAUGGUGUUCCAGUCAUAUCUAAAGGACACCAGAAGGCACACAUCUCCUUCAAGCCCACAGUUGCACAGCAAAGAAAAUGCUCCAGCUGCUCAGAGACUGCGGUGGAUGGGGAGCUGGUGGUGAUGUAUGACGUGAACAGAGAGGAGAAGGCUGGUGAACUUGAGGUAUUUAAUGGCUACUUUGUCCACUAUUUUGCUCCUGACAAUAUGGACCCGAUUCCCAAAAACAUCCUCUUUGUCAUAGAUGUUAGCGGCUCAAUGUGGGGGAUAAAAAUGAAACAAACAGUGGAAGCCAUGAAGACCAUUUUGGAUGACCUAAGAGCUGAAGACCAGUUCUCUGUGGUGGAUUUCAACCACAAUGUUCGAGCCUGGAGAAAUGAUCUAGUCUCAGCUACCAAAACACAGACUGUGGAUGCAAAGAAGUAUAUUGAGAAAAUCCAGCCCAGUGGAGGCACAAAUAUCAAUGAAGCACUCCUGCGGGCCAUCUUCAUUUUGAAUGAAGCCAAUAACUUGGGAUUGUUGGACCCCAACUCAGUCUCGCUGAUCAUUUUGGUCUCUGAUGGUGACCCAACAGUGGGUGAACUAAAAUUGUCAAAAAUCCAGAAAAACGUGAAACAGAACAUACAAGACAACAUCUCCUUGUUCAGCUUGGGGAUAGGAUUUGAUGUUGAUUAUGACUUUUUGAAGAGACUGUCCAAUGACAACCGUGGAAUUGCUCAAAGGAUUUAUGGGAACCAGGAUACUUCUUCCCAGCUCAAAAAAUUCUACAACCAGGUCUCUACUCCUUUGCUCCGGAAUGUUCAGUUCAACUAUCCCCAUAUGUCAGUCAUGGACGUCACUCAAAACAGUUUCCAUAACUAUUUUGGAGGCUCAGAGAUUAUGGUGGCAGGAAAAGUUAACCCUGAUAAAUUGGAUCAAUUACAGAGCAUUAUCACAGCAACUUCGGCUAACACAGAGUUAGUCUUAGAAACUCUGGCCGAAAUGGAUGACUUGGAGGAUUUUCUAUCAAAAGAUAAGCAUGCAGAUCCUGAUUUCACCAGGAAACUGUGGGCCUAUCUGACAAUCAACCAACUUCUAGCUGAGAGAAGCCUGGCUCCUACAGCUGCAGCCAAAAGGAAAAUUACAAGAACAAUCCUGCAGAUGUCUCUGGAUCAUCACAUCGUGACCCCGCUCACUUCGAUGGUGAUUGAGAACGAAGCAGGAGAUGAGCGCAUGCUGGCGGACUCGCCUCCGCAAGAUCAUUCUUGCUGCUCAGGUGCCCUGUAUUAUGGCAGCAAAGUUUCUCCAAGUUCAGUUCCAUCCUGGGCCAACCCUGCACCAACAGCAAUGAUCCCAAUGCCCGUGAUAGGAGCGCCAGUGGUUGAGACAACUCCUCCUACGCACGUGAUGAGAGUUGAAAAUGACCCACACUUCAUCAUUUACCUACCAAACAGCCAAAAGAAUAUUUGUUUCAAUAUUGACUCAGAGCCUGGAAAAAUCCUCAACCUUGUUUCUGAUCUGGAAUCAGGGAUUUUGGUCAAUGGACAGCUCGUUGGUGCCAAGAAGCCCAAGAAUAAAAAACUAAGCACCUAUUUUGGAAAACUGGGAUUUUAUUUCCAGAGUGAAGACAUGAAAAUAGAAAUCAGCACAGAGAACAUCACCCUGAGCCGGGGCUCUCACAGGUCCAGCUUGUCCUGGUCUGACACAGCUCACGUCAUUAAUCAGAGGGUGCUUGUCUCAGUGAAGAAGGUGAGGACUGUGACCAUCACCCUGGACAGAGAAAUGUCCUUCUCUGUUUUACUUCAUCGUGUUUGGAAGAAGCAUCCAACCAACGUAGACUUUCUGGGGAUCUAUAUUCCCCCCACAAACAAGUUUUCACCUAACGCACAUGGACUAUUAGGCCAGUUUAUGAAUGAGCCAAAGAUACAUAUCUUCAAUGAACGCCCGGGUAAGGACCCUGCGAAGCCAGAGGCAAUCAUGGAAGUGAAGGGACAAAAGUUGCUUGUCACAAGAGGCCUGCAGAAAGACUACAGAACAGAUCAAGUGUCUGGAACAGAUGUCCCCUGUUGGUUUGUGCACAACAGUGGAAAAGGUUUCAUCGAUGGACAGUACAAGGCUUACUUUGUGCCUCAGCUCUAUAGCUUCCUGAAAUGGCCUUAAAGGUUUAGCAUUUUGGAAAUUAUAUGCAUAAAUAUACAUUUUUUUCCCUGCCACUUUUGCAAUCAUUCUUCAGUUUGAAUAAUUAUAAGCUAAGCAGAUAUCGUGGUGGUUUAUAAAACAUGUUAACAUGUGUGAAGAAAAUAAAUACUUCUCAAAGAA